AUGGAUGUGGGACGCGUCGGCGAAGAUGUUGAACAGCAGGCGCCAGCCACAGGAUCCUGUGCUGGCGCCUGUCGUGGAGAGUUCCGAUUUGUUUGGAAGGAGUCGGAAGAGCUCAUGCUGGAGUUCGCGGCUCACAUGCCGGGUUGGCGGCAGCUCUCGCGUGCUGACCUGCGGAGACACCGGUGCCUGCGCUUGAACCCACUAUGGUGGCUGUGUAUCUUCGGCUGCGCUGUCUGCAUCCUUCUGGGCCACGGCUUCCACGGAGCCUUUCGCCAGGGAGGGGCCGUCCGAAGCGACGAAUUCGAGGUGGAGCGGCGAGCGCGCAUCUGGUGGGUCUACUGCUACUCCGGGGGCUUCGUUGGGACUGUGCUCGUGGAUUUCGUCGCGCUGAUGUCCGCGCUUGCUAGCGAAAGCGGCGGGGAGGAGCGCAACCGCACAGUCCGUUCCUGUAUAGUGGCCAUCAUGAUUCAGCUGUGGUACAUGCUCGGAGAUUUGAACCUGCUCUUCAUGAUGAGCCGAAAGGACACCGUCCUGAUGCACGCGUCGGCCAUCAGCCGGGUGACGUUUGGCGCAGCCUUCUUGGUGGCGUUCGUCAUCGGCUUGCUCACCCCGGCGGGCCAGGCGACCUUCCACCACUGGGCCGAGGGCGAGCCGGACUCGGAGGCCGGUGGUCCACCGCCACGAGAGACCGCGAUCACCUGGAUGAUCCGCCUGGUCUUCUGCCUCUUCAUGGUGGUGGCCUACCUCGGCUAUACGCCGCUGCUGCAGCUGGACUACAGCGAGGCCGAGCCGCUAGCGCAAGCGGCCGCCCAGCGCGGCAUCUGGAAGCUCAAGGUGGCCUUAAUUGCCGGGGCCGUGGUGGUGGCUGCCGAGGGCUUCAUGUUCUCUAGAGGUCCCGGGCUCUACAUGCUGGCAGCGCAGCCGUUCUUUGUGCUCGGCACAGCGUACCUUAUGGAGGAUGGAAAGCUAAGUGGCCGUCGCUUGCUGGCCUCAUUUUUCGCUUUGCUGCCUUUUGUGCUUGUUGGCAGUGGCUUUGCAGCCUGUGGGCCUGCACUUUGGGAAAUUCUUGCCGGGAAGUGA